AAUAAGCCAACAGACACUGUAUUGUUACCUAUGAGCAUGAUCACAAGCUUUAAUUCGCUUUAAGUUUCUCUGACUCUGUCAGUCAAACUCACACUCACACUUAGAAUUUUGAAUUGCAACAAGAUCAAUGGAAAAAACACCAAUGAUCUCUCGAAGUUGCAAUAAUCAUCAUCAACUCUGGUUUGCAAUUCUCAUUUCCUUUCUCUUAUGUUCAUUACUAGUUCUAUGCUUUGAUUAUUCUCACACAUUUCAAACCCCCAACAACAUCCUCAAUUUCUCACUCAACAAAAAACCAAACACAUUUGUCUCAGAUUCAUGCACUGGUCGCUAUGUUUUCAUUCAAAAUCUCCCUUCUCGUUUCAACCAAUAUUUGCUUCAAAAUUGUCAAUUUUUAACUAGAGGAACCGACAAACCAAACAUGUGUCCGUACAUGGACAACAUGGGUUUAGGUCCUGAGGUUAAAAAUCAAAACUUUAAGGAUAUUCUUGUCCCAAACAAUACUUGGUAUGCUACAAACCAGUUUCUGUUGGAGGUUAUUUUUCACAAUAGGAUGAAAAGUUAUGAAUGUUUGACAAAUGAUUCAUCUUUAGCUUCUGCAGUUUUUGUUCCUUCUUAUAUUGGUCUUGACAUUAGUCGUUUUCUUUGGGUUAAUAAUCUUACUGUAAGAGAUUCUUCUGGUUUUGAACUUGUUAAUUGGUUGGUUGAAAAACCUGAGUGGAAGAAAAUGUGGGGUAGGGAUCAUUUUCUUAUUUCUGGAAGAAUUUCUUGGGAUUUUAGAAGACAAUUUGAUGAUUUGGCUUAUUGGGGUAGUAAGUUUAGAUUUUUACCUCAAUCUAUGAAUAUGUCAAUGUUAGCAGUUGAAGGUAGUUCAUGGAAUAAUGAUUAUGCCAUACCUUAUCCAACUUCAUUUCAUCCUUCAAUGGAUAAUGAUGUUUUGCAAUGGCAGAGUAAAAUUAGACAUCAAAAGAGAGAAUUUUUGUUUACUUUCACUGGAGCACCAAGGCCUGAAAAUGAAGAUUCUAUAAGGGGGAAAAUUAUUGAACAAUGUCGUGGUUCGAGGUUUUGCAAAUUCAUUGAUUGUAGUUAUGGUGGAGAGAAAUGUGAUGAUCCUGUUAAUGUUAUGAAGGUGUUUGGAAAUUCUGUGUUCUCUUUGCAACCUUCUGGUGAUUCAUACACAAGAAGAUCAAUUUUUGAUUCAAUUUUAGCUGGUUGUAUUCCUGUGUUUUUUCAUCCUGGUACUGCUUAUUCACAAUAUAAGUGGCAUUUACCAAGAAACAGAACCAAGUAUUCUGUUUAUAUACCUGUGAAGGAUGUGAAAGAAUGGAAUGUUGAUCUUGAGAAGGUGUUGUUGGAAAUUCCAGAGAAGGAGGUUAUUGCAAUGAGAGAAGAGGUUAUAAAGCUUAUUCCAAAAAUAGUUUAUGCAGAUCCUAGGUCUAAGUUAGAUAAUUUUGAAGAUGCAUUUGAUUUAGCAUUGAAAGGGAUGCUUGAAAGGAUUGAGAAUGUAAGGGAAACAAUGAGGAAAGGGAAAGAUCCUAGUGUUGGUUUUGCAGAUGAAGAUCAUUAUAAGUAUACAUUUAAUUAGAUGGUGUAUAAUCCGUUCAAUAACACUAUUAGUUUAUGAUGAUAAUAUAUACAUAAAUAUAUAUAUAUAUA